AUGCCGUGUCUCAGCUCCAUUGAGCUGGGCAACAACUUGUUUACGGGGUCAUUGGCGCCCCUCGCUGCUCUCUACUCCCUCACCAGAAUUGACGUGUCAGUGAACGACCUCACAGGGCCGCUGCCCUCUGGCCCUGAACCUGCUGAAGGCCUGAAUUUCAACGUGUCGUACAACCGCCUCUCGGGGAAAAUUCCCUUGGACUUUAACGUCGCCAUCUUCUCCACCCUGUGCGUCGCCCCUCCCCCUUGUUUCAUGUGCAACUUCGCGCACAACAGAUUCUCGGGAGCACUCGAUCCCUCCCUCUCCACCCUCACCUACCUCUCCGACCUGUGCAUUGGCCUCACCUUACCACAUCUCUAUCCUCCUGCUCUUCCCGCCUGCCACCUCCGCAUUGCCUUGCCCUUCCUACCUGUCUGUGCACUAUGCAUAUCCCUCUCUGUUGUCCCUCACUCUCGUGUGUCACACCCGGACAUGUCAGGCAACCUCCUCACGGGGUCCAUUCCUGCCUUCAUUUUGCUCCUCACUUACCUCACUCUGCUCGACCUCUCUUCCAACCAGUUCACUGGCACCGUGCAGCCAGCUGUCAACAACCCCACUGACCUCGUCAGCAUUGACAUCUCAGCCAACGCUUUGAAUGGCUCUGUUCCGCCCUUCUUCGGCCGCAUGCCCAACAUGACUCACCUGUAUGCCAUGACUCACCUGUAUGCCAUGACUCACCUGUAUGCCAUGACUCACCUGUAUGCCAUGACUCACCUGUAUGCCAUGACUCACCUGUAUGCCAUGACUCACCUGUAUGCCAUGACUCACCUGUAUGCCAUGACUCACCUGUAUGCCAUGACUCACCUGUAUGCCAUGACUCACCUGUAUGCCAUGACUCACCUGUAUGGCAUGACCCACCUGUAUGGCAUGACCCACCUACAUCGCGCAUGCCUUUCCUUGCUUCUCGCCCACCCGCUCCCCAUUCCUCCCCCCUGCCCCUUGUCCAUCCCCCAUGCGCCCUCUUGCUUUCCUUCCCGCCCAGCCCCCAAUCCCCUCCUGCUUCCCGGCCGCCCAUCCCUGCUUCCCGUCCGCACUUUGCCCCCCUCCCCCCCCCCCCCCUGCUUCCCGUCCCCCCCUCCCCCCCCCCCCCUGCUUCCCGUCCCCCCCUCCCCCCCCCCCCCCCCCCCUGCUUCCCAUCCCCCCCCCCACCCCUGCUUCCCGUCUCCCCCCCCCUCUUUCUUCUCGUCUGCCCAUCCGUGCAGGGCGGUGCACCACAACCAGCUCUCAGGCCCCAUUCCCGAGUUCCUCUGCCAAUCCGUGCUGCAGAUCAUAUGCCCACCUUCCCAUGGGCCCACCUGCCCGCCCUUCCACCUGCCCGCCCUUCCACCUGCCCACCCUUCCACCUGCCCGCCCUUCCACCUGCCCUUCCACCUGCCCGUCCUUCCACCUGCCCAUCCUUCCACCUGCCCGUCCUUCCACCUGCCCGCCCGUCCACCUGCAGGCUCCUUAGCAGCAACGCCUUCUGGGGGGCCCUCCCCCAUUGCCUGCCCUUCCUCUCCUCCCUCCAACUCAUGUCCGUUUGCCCUUUCAACCUUCGCCCUUCAUGACGUCAGCAAUAAUCUCCUCUUCAUGGAUGCCGCAACCUUCCAAAACAUGCCGCCCAUCAGCCUGAACCUCAGUGGCAACUACCUCUACGGCUCCCUCUCCCCCUCCCCCAACAUCAGCCUCUCCUCCUCCUCCUCCCCAACCCCACCCUUCCCCUCUCUCGUCCUCCCAGCGACCCCCCAUCCCCAGUCCCUCCGCCCCUGGGCAGCCCAGGAUGCAACGAUCUUUGAGUGGGUGUGGCAGCGGGGGCCGACAGAGUGUGCGGCGGUGUGUGGGAUAGAGUCAGGGCAGGGUCCGUGUGGGGGUGCAGGUGCGGGGCAGUGUGUGGUGCAGAGCGGUUGGCCGCCGUCCCUCUCAUGCUCAUGUGCCAGUGGCUACGUUGCUGUCACUGCUGCCGGCUCUGCCAAUACCACCACUUGCCAGCUGCCGCCCCAUUCCGGUGCGAGCCAUGGCGUCUCUCCACCACGUGCAUCUGGUGUGACUGCUGGGCUUCUGCCUGGACCAGAAUGUGGAGACGGGCAGGCAGGAACAGAUCCUCGUGCAAUGAAGCUGGUGAAGGCAUAUGAGGUGGAGGAGUUGAGGGAUAGCAAGAUGCCGCCAGUAAGUGAUGAGGCCAUAGUGGAUUUUCUAGACCUGGCUCUGGACUGCAUCAAGUCUCCCGGCACAAGGCAACCCACCAUGAAGGAUGUGGCAUACUGCCUCAGUGCCCUUAUUGACAAACACUGUCCCGACAAGGAGGAUGAGUGGGAGAGUGUCGCGAAAGAAGAGAGUGCAAGCAACAAAGAACUGAAUGUUUCUGGAGAUGGUGGGAGGGAGUCUGAAAGGUUUGCCAUAGCGAGGAUGGGCGGAACACUCGAGUUGAAAGAGGCGAUGGAGAUGAGAAUGAGAGCGCUUGGCGUGCAGCUGGAAGAGACAAGGAUAGGAUUGGCUGAAGCUAGAGGGGAGGUUACUGCAGUGAAAGGGGGGUUGGUUGCAGUGAAAGAUGAGAUGAAUGCAGUGAAAGGGGGGUUGGUUGCAGUAAAAGAUGAGAUGACUGCAAUGAAAGGGGGGUUGGUUGCAGUGAAAGAUGAGAUGAAUGCAGUGAAAGGGGGGUUGGUUUAG